UAUCAGUAAUGCCGUGGGGCUGGGAGUGCAGAGCAAAGUUGGUGAAGCAAUUGCCGGCCAAGCCCACGCAGCGGCGAGGCACUGCGGAUACAACGGCGCCCGGGCCUCAACAAUAUGAGGUUCCCGAGCUGUAUGGUGGAAAAGGUUACGACCAUAUUAAGCGUGCACCGGCAUAUUCCUUCGGUCUGGCAAUACCGGCCUCGGUAGCAAAGCCCGCCGUGGGUCCUAACGCAAGAGUUUUCAACAUAAGAGGCUUUACUAAAAAAGGUACAGAAAGGAUCCCUGGCGGAGUGGUAGGUCCCAAACUUGAGCCUAUAACCGACCGCACGAACAAGCCGGGCCCUGGCGCGUACACACCGGGCAACGUACGCUACAAACGGCCGCCCGCGUACACAUGCCAGCCGCCGGCGCGGCCGCCAUACGAGCCGUGGGAUAUGUGGACGUGCCCGCCUAAUAUGUACUGUCCUUAUAUACCGUUGAAGAAACCCCCCGCCUAUUCCCUUGGCUAUGCAGCAAGAAAUCUCACUUCUGCUGACCUUCCCGGACCCGGGGCACACGAUCCAAACUUCAAAUACCCUCAAAAGAAGCUACCGGCCUACUCUUUCGGCUAUCCGUUCCGACCUGCACCGACUAAGGACACCCCUGCACCCAACAACUACUGCGAGAAAAAGUUCUUGCUGCCGAAGAGAUCGUCUCCGGCACCUUCAUUCGGCAUUCGCCACACGCCGUACUUGGGAGAGCUGCCGGCACAACUCAAAUCCUCCAAACUGGACCUCGUUGUCAAUCCAGGAACGUAGGAUCAGUAAACACACCAUCAAUAUCCCUUCCCGUCUACAAUCGGAAACAUACGGGCAUUCACGGGAACUUAUGGAGCUGAGACCUUUCGCGUUGGUGGCGGCGUGAGUAGCUGACUAUGUGCAUGAGGU